UUUAAUUCUCACCUGGAGCCUCUUGGGGUUUGAGCAGAGAGGAGUUUCUCAAGCCAGAUGAGAGCACAGUCUGCAAGGACUGCUCAAGACUGGUAGCUCUCUAAGGAACAAGAGUUUCCUAAGAAAACGGGAAUACUGUGGAAAUGCCUCACCUGAACUUUCCAGACCACAUUCACAUGGACCGUCCGAUAUAAAAGGAUUUAAAAAUACAGCGCCAACAAGGAAACCGAGGGAUCCAGAAGUUACAGGCUGCGCAAUGUCAUCUGGCCGUGAGUCUAUAGGGGAUCUGAUUCCCCCAGAUAUGCUGCAGGUGUUCAGUGAGGACCGGCAGGGCGGCAGGAGCAAAAGGGGCAGGAGAAGGCCAGGAUCCUUCAGCCGUGCUUUCAGAUGGUUUAAGGGCCAGAGGAGGAAAACCCGUAGACGAGCUACAGAGAUACAUGGUGACCUGCUGGCCACUGGUUCACCUGUAGAACUACCAAAAUCAACACUUAUCACAGGCUCUAAAGAGGAAGCUGUGGGAGCUAUUGCUCUUCAGGAGUUCCAAGAAAAUGUGUUUGUGGAGGGUAAUCGGCCUAAACAUGUGUUGGACCUGCACACAGAGGCUCAGCAGGGCCUGAAAAUGCAGCAGCAAGAGGAUGAUAGGAAUGGGAUAGACUACCCUGAUGACCAAAGUAUGAUUUCAACAGUAACCGCUCAGACUGAAGACAGCAUGGCCUUCAGUGAGCUGAGAGGCUUUGAGUCUGAGAGCACAGUUGCUGAUUCUGUUUCGAUGCGCUCCUCCAUCUCCUCACGAUCAACACGUUCAGGACUCAAACGCCAAGCUUCGACAUUCAGGCCUCUGAAGCCGGAUAAGACAGCUGAGAAGACAAAGUCUCACAGGAAACAUGUGAGAACUGUUGUAGGAAUUCCUCGACAUGUUCAGAAAGAACUGGGAUUGGACAGAGCAGCAUGGAUCACCACAAAACCUCUUGAUGGUCAGCUGUUUAAUGGAGAUAUGAUCAUACCUGCCAUAAUUUCCACUGUGGAUGACACAUCUUCCAGUUCUGAACAAGAAAGUGUACAAGACCAUCUACAGGGAAUACAGAACCUGUACACAGUUAAGAAAGACAACAAGGAGCUCCCCACACUGACAAAACCUAAAGAUGAUAUUCUCCAAGGGCUCAUGAGUUAUUCUUUAAAUCCAGAAAAGUCAGGUGUUCUAGGUGUUCCUUUGUCAGAGAACCCAACUGGUACAGUGAUGUCCAUCUCACCUCAGGCCACAUACAUGUCUAAAAUCAUUCCAAAUGCUGUACUUCCACCGUCUGUGGAUGUCGUAGAGCUCAGUCGCAACAGAAGUCGCAGCAGUGUACGAACCGUCAGCAAGAGCAGCCUUGUAUCAGCCAGUCCAGCAUCCACACGUGCUUCUUCCAGAGUCUCUUCACGUUGUUCCACAACUCGCUCAAACUACUCUGGAUGGACCCACUCGGGAUCAUCAGAAACACUUGUAUCUGAUUCUUCUACCAUCUCCAGCAGUAGCACUCCCCGUGUGGCCAGCAGAGGGAGUCAGGUUGAGAACAGGAGUAAACCAGCCAAUCUGAACAACCACGGUUCCCAUGUUAAAACUGCUCGUGUGAAUGGUGGCUCUACCGAGGAGGAAGACAGUGGAAAAAUGAAAUCUGCUGAUGCUUUCACACGUAACCUAUCAGUGAUUAAACGGGGCAAGAAACCUCCAGCUCCUCCCAGCAGGUCAUACUCUUUACACAAUGGGAAACAGACUUGGAAGAAAUCUGAGAGUCCUACCUACAUGGAUGAUGUCAACAUUCCAGAUGGAUCACCAUACCCUCUUGUCAUGAAGGCCACCACUCACAAGUUGAGCCCUAAGAUACCUGCCUCGAAUGGACCCACAUCUUUCCCAUUAAAGGAGAACCAAACAGUCAGCACAGAUAAGAAAUCAAUGUUAGCUGAGCAAAAUAUACACAAAAAAAACCUUCAAGUGUCUUCCACUGGCGCUCCCCAAUCAUACAUAAAUGGCACCAGUAAGCUUGCUGAACUUAAGAACACCCUUCUGUCUGCAAAAAAUCGAAUCAAUGGUAACAAUUCAUCACCAGCUGUAAUGGCCCUUUUGUCUCUGCUUGAGAUUCCCAACCAUCCUAAAGUCCUGGCUCCACCAGCUCCUCCUCCUGAGACCUGGGCUCACAACCAGCGGACUUUUGAACUGCUGUGUGGCCCUGGACCUGUUAACUAUGCACGUUGGGCCAAAAAGAGAGGACUUAAAAUUGCAGAUGAACCAGAUGUGGCGUUGAUACCUCUAUCGCAGCCAGUAGAGAUAAAAGGCAAAGUUGAAUCUAAAGCACCACUUGUCUAUGUUGCCCCAUCUCCAUCGCCUCCCCCAGAGCAUUGCCCACCAAUACCAAACAACAGCCAAGCCAAACCUCCUCCGCCCCCUCCGGACUUUGUUCCCUCAACUCCUACACUAGCUGCCAAAGCAAUAAAGGAUUUGACUUCUUGGAUCCCUCCACCUCCUUUGUUUCCUCCUCCAGCACCUCCAGCAGGUACGACUACAGCAACUCCUGUCAUUGUGCAAAAUGAUACUGAUCUCCCUUCACCGCCCCCACCGUUUUCACCACAGUCUUUACUGACAAUGCCUCAACUACCACCAGAUAUUCCACCACCACCACUGCAAGAAGUUCCAUCUCCACCAAGACCACCUUCUGAACCACAGAAUACCUCAUCCCUUCCACAAGAAUCCAAACCUUCAACACAAAAUGUGUUAGUAACAUCCUCUAAAACUUAUCAACAAAUUAACAUUCCUCCACCUCCUCCAGUGCCCACUGAUGUAAGAUCUCAAGUCAGUGUUCCUCCACCUCCUCCAGUGCCCACUGAUGUAAGAUCUCAAGUCAGUGUACCUCCACCUCCUGCAGUGCUCUCUGAUGUAAGAUCUCAAGUCAGUGUUCCUCCACCUCCUCCAGUGCCCACUGAUGUAAGAUCUCAAGUCAGUGUACCUCCACCUCCUCCAUUACCCACUGAUGUAAGAUCUCAAGUCAGUGUUCCUCCACCUCCUCCAGUGCCCACUGAUGUAAGAUCUCAAGUCACUGUUCCUCCACCUCCUCCAUUACCCACUGAUGUAAGACCUCAAGUCACUGUUCCUCCACCUCCUCCAUUACCCACUGAUGUAAGAUCUCAAGUCACUGUUUCUACUCCUCCACUACCUAGUAAUGUAAAAAUGGAGGACAGACUAGAGAAGACAGAAACAGAGAAACGAACAAGCAGUCCCUCUCUAGCCAAAGAGGACGCAUCCGGUCCUGUGGUCACUCAGUCUCUCCUACAGAUGGUUCGUCUUAGGUCGGUUAAGACCAGUCCGAGCACUACUGUAGAUCCUGAUAAACCAUCACAACCCAAACCAAAAUCAGGUGUCAAUCAAGAGGCACCUCCAAAGCCAAUCAGACAAUCUUUAAUUUUGACAUCACUUCCCCCUGAUGUGGAAGCUCUUGCCAACACAAACACUGAAGCUCCGUCCAUCAACACAAAUGCAGUCACUGUAUCAAAUACUCAGCAAGGAUCAUCUAAGCCAGAAACUCAAUCAAAUAACAUUGCUCAACUUGAGCCAAAAUGCUCAUCAGCUACAUGUCCAGCUACGGAACCAAGUAAGAAUCCAGUUACUCCUGAACCAGCAACUAAAACAGCCAGUCCAGAAACAGAACCCACACCUCAAACCCUAAAAGAACAAAUUAAAUCUACAAUGCAUGACCCAGAAACUCUGCCAAGUACAACAGGACCAAAGGACCAAUCAAUCAAUGCGCCAAAGCCUCAACAUCAAGCACAAGAACCCAACAAGACCAUGCUUAAUUCAGAGAAGCAAUUAAGUACUGUUGAAAAUUACUCAAAGCCAGAGGGUGAGCAGCCAAAAACCCAAACACUGACACCCGUUGUCUCAUCCACACCUCCCAUAGUCUCUUCACCAGCGAACCCCUCCAUGCGUCUUCAGGAAGCCAUUCGUCUAAAGGCGGCUGCUAUGUCUUCAAAAGACAACCAAGCCAAACGUUUUGGUCUUCGCUCACCUCCCCCAGCCACAGCUAAUGGCACCACUGUACCAAACUCCCCGGCAUCUAUGGCCAGCUUUAUCUUCUCCAAAAGCCCAAAGAAAGUAAUAAUACAGACACCGUCAUCCUUAGAGGUUCAGGCUGACCUGAGGAAAACUCUGGUGGCAGAGUUAGCAUGUGUCUCUGAUUCAGCAAAGUCUAAUGACUUGCACAAGACAGCAAACAAAGUUCCUCCACCAAUUGCUAAGAAACCCAAUGCUAAGGUUGAGAGCGUUGCUCAGAACUCUGCAGAGGACCAGUCUGUAGCCAAGACUGAGCAUGUGCAAACAGAGACUGUACUAACUGCCGGACAGGACGUACAGACCGAGAACUCUGAGAAAACAAAUGAAUGAAUAUGUGCACAAAUGAUUUAAUAACCGUUGAGUUUUUGCUUUAAUUUGCAGAUAACCUAGGGUUUAAAUCUUAGGCCCAAACUGCUUAAUUUUGAAAUAUAAAAUAACCAAAAAAAGUACAGAUAGGCAUAUUGCACUUUUUGUACACUGGUUUAGUGUAAGUGAUUCUCAUUCAUCAUGGCAAUGCAAGUCACUGGUAUUUGGAAAUUAUAAAUAUUCUUAUUUUAUUUAUGUGUCCUCUGUCUUAGACAGAAGCCAUGACACUUUCCAGUUUGUAGAACUCCUCCCUGCUGGUAGCACUGUAAAAACUAUGGUAAACAUGGCAGGACCAAUUAAUCUCUGGUGGAUUUUUACAGGCUUUAAUGUAUACCUGAAUAUGAGAGCAGUGUGAAAGGAAACGAAGGUAAAGAAUGUAAGGUUGAACAGUUAGGAGAAUGGACCACUGAUUUUGGGGUGGGGUUUGUGACUUUUUCUGUUUUCCAUUUGCAAGGUUUAACCAAGAUUUGUUUAAAAUUUUAAAACAACAAUUCAGUAAAGGUGAUUGUACACAUUCCCCACCCCAAGUUACACUUAUAUAAGAAUGUGGAGAAGGAAUCUAAGCAAGUAUAAAUGAAAUGGAAGGAUGGAGCCGAUGAUUGAAACAAAAGCCGUUUCUCACGAUUUUGUGCAAGUAGGGCCAAGAAGGUGGUCGGAAGUUAUGAAACCAUAAACAAGAGGUCUAAGGUGUUAAUCUCUGUGUUAUCAUUACUUUUGGUUUAUUUUUUUGUAUUUUCACAGAGAAGUUCAUUAGUUUACAUAGCUGAUGUACAUUACAGUCUGCUACAACCUACAAAUAAAAGAAAAAGAAUGUUUUUAAUAUAUGAAAAUUUUCUUAUGCACUAUACUGACAUUUUUAUUAUCGUUCCUUUGAUUUCAGAAAUCUACGUCUCUGAUUAUAAUCUCUUUUUAAGAAGAAAUGCUUUAUUUACAUAUAAUAAUUGUUAAAAAAAAUAUUGUUUCAUCAUGUGAUGAAAGUAAAAGUGUACAACAGUUACUAAAGUA